AAAAAGGAAACAACCUCCAGAGACAUAUCUGUGGACUGGCUUGUCGACAACGUCCCUGACCAAGGAGAAAGAAGCAGAUGAUCUGAAAGAGGGGAGAAGAGACAGAAGCUGAAAAAUGAUGUCUCUUAAGGAGCUGAGUGCCUAUGAAACACCAUCCAUCGCAGAACUGGAGGACUUCCUGUUGGCUGACAGACACCCCACUGGACAUGUCAACCAAGUGUGGCCCAGUGUGUAUAUUGGCAAUGAGGUUGCAGCCCGUGACAAGUCACUGCUGCACAGUAUGGGCAUCACCCACAUUGUGAAUGCUGCCAGCAGCCCCCCUCAUGUGAACACUGGGCCUCGCUUCUACAGAGACAUGGCUAUAAAUUACUAUGGGGUGGAGGCAGAUGAUUCCAGUGACUUCAUCAUAAGUGUAUUCUUCUACCCAACAGCAAGGUUUAUACAUGCUGCAUUAUCCAGCAAAGGGAGAGUGUUUGUCCAUUGCUUGAUGGGAGUCAGCCGCUCCGCCACACUCGUCUUGGCUUUUCUCAUGAUCUGUGAGGAGCUGACCUUACUGGAGGCAGUGCGAGUGGUCCGGCAGCACAGAGACAUCUGCCCAAACCCUGGCUUCAUCAAUCAGCUCCGUCACCUCGACAUGCGCCUCGUCCGUGAAAGGAAAAGAAAGCUAGAAGCUUAAAGCACUGUAAAUAGAAAUUCAACAAUGAUGUGACAAAGCCUUCAAAAUCUUCAAAAGUACAACCCUCUGGGUUUUAGCCCUCUGUUCCCAAACCUAUCAGGUAAGAUUUCAUUUACCAAUAUGCCUUUCAUGACAGUAGCAAACUGGAUAUUGGAGGGGCAAUUGAAUCGUUGGCUCAUAAACAGUUAUUAACUUCCAAAGGGCAACAGGGUUGCAAAAUAAAUGGCAGGGUUUUUUUUAGUUCCUUCCAGAUGGCAUGUGCUUUGAACUUCUUCCAGAAGGAGUCUCUGAGCAUGUGUUUAAAUGUUUUUUUCAACUCUUGUGACAUGAGAUGCUUGUGGCAUGCUCUUCAUUAUGUGAACACAGGGCCAGAGCAGCCUGCAUGGCUGGAUGUCUUGAAGGCCUGAUCCCCUGCACAGCCUCUCUAAUGGUUAUCAUAUGCUUUAAUACUGUUUAUAUGUUUGGCCAUGUUUGGCCACACAAUCCAUGUGUGGUAUAAUCCACUGUUUUUUCCUAUGAACUAUCUGGCUAUUUAUUA